UAGAGAGAGAAAGAUUGUUGUUGAUAAUAUUGGAAACAUCUAGGGUUUGUGAAAAUCUGAAUCGGAUUAUCUCAAUUGAUUUUAAUUUUUGUGGAAGUUUUUCUUGUAUAUAAUGGCGACGCCAUUGACUGGAUUGCAACAUCGUGACGUAGGAGGAGGUGGUGUGGCCGUGAUGGCGGCUUCCGGAGGAGGGACGGUGAACCAGAUCGAUCCGUCUAGUAAUAACAAACCUUCCAAGAAACAUACCUCGCCAAUUCAUAUCUUCUUGUUCUUUCAUAAAGCCAUAAGGUCGGAGCUCGAUGCCCUACACCGCUCCGCCAUCGAUUUUGCUACUAAUUGCCAUGUGGAAAUUGAGCCGUUGCUCAAGCGGUAUCACUUUCUUCGCUCAAUUUACGAGCACCACUGCAAUGCCGAAGACGAGGUUAUUUUUCCAGCUCUUGAUAUCCGUGUCAAGAAUGUGGCUCGAACUUAUUCUCUCGAACAUGAGGGAGAAAGUGUCAUUUUUGAUCAACUGUUUGCAUUAUUGGAUUCAAAUAUGCAAAAUGAAGAAAACUUUAGGAGAGAAUUGGCAUCCUGCACCGGAGCCCUUCAAACAUCAAUUAGCCAGCACAUGUCUAAAGAGGAGGAGCAGGUGUUACCCUUGCUUGUUGAGAAGUUUUCAUUUGAGGAGCAAGCUUCGUUAGUUUGGCAAUUUUUGUGUAGCAUUCCUGUGAACAUGAUGGCAGAGUUCCUUCCAUGGCUUUCAGCCUCCAUAUCUUCUGAAGAGCGUCAGGAGAUGCGUAGCUCCUUAUGCAGAAUAAUUCCAGAAGAAAAGCUUCUUCAACAGAUUAUAUUCACCUGGAUGGACGGUAUCAAUGUUUUUAAGAAGCGCAAAAAUUCUGAAGAUGAUGCCAAGUAUCAGUGUUCUCCAAAUUCUGGUGCUAGCUCUUUAAUUUGUCAGAGUGAGGAACGACAUUGUGCAUGUUCAUCUUCCAGAGCAAAAAAACGAGAAUCAUUCCUGAGGUCAAUAUGUGAUUCCAUGGAUUCACCUCUUGAUCGUCCAGUGGAUGAAAUAUUGCACUGGCACAAGGCUAUAAAGAAGGAAUUAAUUGAUAUAGCUGAUGCAGCUAGAAGGAUACAAUUAUCUGGAGAUUUUUCAGAUAUAUCUGCAUUUAAUAAGAGGCUGCAAUUUAUUGCAGAAGUUUGCAUAUUCCACAGUAUUGCAGAAGAUAAAGUUAUAUUCCCUGCUGUAGAUUCGGAACUGUCUUUUGCCCAGGAGCAUGCAGAAGAAGAGAGUGAAUUUGGCAAGUUUAGAUGCCUGAUUGAAAGUAUCGAAAAUGAUGGAGCAAACUCAUCUUCAUCUGAAUUUUGUUCGAAGUUGUGCUCACAUGCUGAUCAUAUAAUGGCUAUCAUUGAUAAGCAUUUCAAAAAUGAAGAACUUCAGGUUCUCCCACUUGCCCGCAAACAUUUUAGUCCCAAAAGACAGCGAGAGCUUCUAUAUCAAAGCUUGUGUGUGAUGCCUUUGAGAUUAAUCGAGUGCGUCUUACCAUGGUUGGUGGGAUCACUUACCGAAGAGGAAGCAAAAUCAUUUCUUCAUAACAUGCACAUGGCAGCCCCGGCUUCAGACAUUGCACUUGUUACCCUCUUCUCCGGUUGGGCUUGCAAAGGCCGCCCAAGGGAAAUAUGUUUGUCUUCUGGUGCUACGGGUUGUUGUCCUGCAAAAGCAUUUUUAGAAGGCAAUGAUAGUUGUGAUCCACCUUUCUGUGCCUGCAACCCGCUGACAACCCAGGAUGCUACAGUGAUUGAUGAAACUGAUGAAAGUAGAAGGCCAAGCAAACGAUCCAACUCAGUUUCACAGAAAGAAAGCAAUGGAUUUGGUACUCCAGAAAUUCUAACCAUUCAAGUGCCUUGCAGUAAACAAUCUUGUUGUGUUCCUGGGCUAGGAAUGAAUAGUAACAAUUUGGGAACAAGUUCUCUUGCAUCUGCAAAAUCUUUACGCUCUUUAUCUUUUGGCCCUUCUGCUCCUUCCUUUAGUUCCAGUCUUUUUAACUGGGAAACUGGUAUUAGCUUAAUUGAUGUUGAGGGCACUGGACGGCCGAUUGAUACCAUCUUCAAAUUUCAUAAAGCAAUUCGCAAAGAUUUGGAGUUCCUGGAUGUUGAAUCUGGAAAGCUAAACGAGUCAAAUGAGAGUUUUCUCCACCAGUUUAAUGGCAGAUUUCGUUUGUUAUGGGGUUUAUAUAGAGCUCACAGCAAUGCAGAGGAUGACAUUGUGUUUCCUGCAUUAGAAUCAAAAGAAACUCUCCAUAAUGUUAGUCACUCAUAUACCUUAGACCACAAGCAGGAAGAAAAGCUGUUUGAGGAUAUAUCAACUUCACUUUUUGAACUUUGUGAACUUCAUGACAGUUUGAAUCGAACAAGUCUUAAUAGAUGUUCUAGCAAAAACAAUUCUGUUUCUUCUAGUUAUAAUGAUACUUUAAGAAAUUACAAUGAGCUGGCCACAAAGGUUCAGGGCAUGUGUAAAUCCAUCAGAGUAACCCUGGAUCAGCAUAUUUUGCGAGAAGAACUUGAACUCUGGCCUCUGUUUGAUAGACAUUUUUCCGUGGAGGAGCAGGAUAAGCUUGUUGGCCGAAUAAUUGGUACUACAGGGGCAGAGGUGCUACAAUCAAUGUUGCCAUGGGUAACAUCUGUUCUUACUCAGGAGGAACAGAACAGAAUGAUGGACACAUGGAAGCAAGCAACCAAAAACACAAUGUUCACAGAGUGGCUUAAUGAAUGGUGGGAAGGAGCUUCUCCAUCUUCAGAGGCAUCAGCAUCAGAGAAAAACAUUUCACAAGGUAGUGAUGUACAUGAAGCUUUGGAUCCAAAUGAUUAUACCUUCAAGCCUGGGUGGAAAGAUAUAUUUCGUAUGAAUCAAAAUGAGCUCGAGUCCGAGAUAAGAAAAGUUUCUAGGGAUCCGACUCUUGAUCCCAGAAGGAAGGCAUAUCUCAUUCAGAACCUUCUGACCAGUCGCUGGAUUGCAGCCCAGCAGAAGUUACCUCAAGGAAGAAAAGGCGAAACAUCAGAUGGUGAAGGACUACUUGGAUGCUCGCCUUCAUUUCGGGACGCAGAGAAACAAGUGUUUGGUUGCGAGCAUUAUAAGCGCAACUGCAAGCUUCGAGCUGCUUGUUGUCAGAAGCUAUAUACAUGCAGGUUCUGCCAUGACAACGUCAGUGACCACACGAUGGAUAGGAAAGCUACAACAGAAAUGAUGUGUAUGAACUGUCUGCAAAUUCAGCCUGUUGGACCAAUUUGCUCAACGCCAUCUUGCAACGGACUUUCAAUGGCAAAAUACUAUUGUAGCUAUUGCAAAUUCUUUGAUGACGAAAGGACGGUAUAUCAUUGCCCUUUUUGCAAUUUAUGUCGGCUCGGGAAGGGGCUGGGAGUUGACUUCUUCCAUUGCAUGACAUGCAACUACUGUUUGGGGAUAAAGUUGGUGGAUCACAAGUGUAGGGAAAAAGGCCUGGAAACAAACUGCCCUAUAUGCUGUGAUUUUUUGUUUACAUCAAGUGCAGCUGUCAGAGCACUUCCAUGUGGUCAUUUUAUGCACUCUGCUUGCUUCCAGGCAUAUGCAUGCACGCACUAUAUUUGUCCAAUAUGCAGCAAAUCUAUGGGAGAUAUGUCGGUGUAUUUUGGCAUGCUUGAUGCUUUAAUGGCUUCUGAGGAGCUCCCAGAAGAGUAUAGGAACCGGUGCCAGGACAUAUUAUGUAACGAUUGUGAUAAAAAGGGAAGCGCUCCGUUUCACUGGCUUUACCACAAGUGUGGAUCGUGUGGAUCAUACAACACCCGAGUAAUCAAAGUUGAUCCAAUCUCAGAUUGCUCAAACUAGAAGAAAGAAGAAGAAGCUGCAAAUGAUGUAAAUACAUUACGGUUGGGUACAGUAGAAGUGAGGAUGUAAAUUGCAACAUCGCAAAAUCUUUGUGUUGGUUUUCCUCUUGAUUUCAUAUAUAUAUGUUAUAAAAAUGCAGGAUAGCAUAUGAGCAAAUAAAAACUUCAUUCAGGGAAGAAUGCUUGGGAUUUUGUAGGCUUAUGGUAAAGCGACAAAGGUUUUGUAGCUGUAUGCAGCAUAUAUUUUAUAUGCUGUUGAAAACCCUUUUUUUGGUUUGGAUCAGCAUCUUUAGAUGUUUUUGUAAUGGAAUGUAGCCAUGGACCAAGAUUUGGUUCAAUUGUAGACAAUUAGCAUGUUAUAUGGAUUCAGCAUUUUAUGAACCAUGCGCAACUGCUCGUUGCUUUUGA